AUGUUGAGUCAUAUCAGUAAUUUGCUGGCUUAUCCCCACGGUGGUCUCACAGGGUCCCUGGUCACGCUUUCGUGCCUUUCCCACCGGGUCGUGUGCCAAGUGAUCAGCAACGCUGACCCAUCUGACUCCGUCCGGGACAAUGGGACGUUGGAUGACUUCUGGGUAAAUCGGCUGGAAAGCAGUUAUGGAUUCUGGAUUGGCCUGGGCUUGGCUGUCUUCUCCAGCUUCCUCAUCGGAAGCAGCGUCAUCCUCAUGGAGCUGGGAGGCACCAGGGCAGGAGAUGGAGGCCAUGGCUACCUGAAGGACUGGUUCUGGUGGGCUGGCUUGUUAACCAUGGGUGGAGGGGAAGCUGCCAACUUCGCCGCCUAUGCCUUUGCUCCUGCAACUAUAGUCACGCCACUGGGAGCUCUGAGUGUGCUCAUAAGUGCCAUCCUGUCUUCGUAUUUGCUUGGAGAACGGCUCAACCUGCUGGGAAAGCUGGGCUGCAUGCUCAGCCUCGUGGGCAGCACCGUGAUGGUGAUACAUGCCCCAGAGGAUGAGGAGGUCACCACUCUGGAUGAACUGUUGUCUAAGUUGAAAGAGCCAGGUUUCCUUGCUUAUGCUGCGAUCCUCUUGGCUGUCUGCCUCCUCCUGAUCUUCUACCUCGCACCCCGCUAUGGCCAGAGCAACAUUCUCAUCUACCUCACCAUCUGCUCCGUUAUUGGUGCCUUCUCCGUGUCCUCGGUCAAGGGCCUGGGUAUUGCCAUCAAGGGCUUCUUUGCUGGCCAGCCUGUGCUGCAGCACCCAUUGACGUGGAUCCUAGUCAUUACGCUGGUGGCAUCCAUCACUACACAGAUUAACUACCUCAAUAAGUCUCUAGACAUUUUUAACACCUCUUUGGUGUUUCCCAUUUACUAUGUGCUGUUCACCACCAUUGUCAUCACAACUUCCAUCAUCCUCUUUAAGGAGUGGGUCACCAUGACUGUAGUGGACAUCAUUGGGACAGUUUGUGGCUUCCUCACCAUCAUUUUGGGGGUGUUUUUACUUCAUGCCUUCAAAGACAUGGACGUAAGUUUAGAGAAUCUACCACAAGUCCUCCAGGGUGGACAGCAAGCACCAGCCACCCAAGAUGACAAGAACAUCCUGAUAGAGGUGGACAACUCCAGCAUCGCCCCAGAGGAUAAACCCAAAGUAUUCGUGAUUUACACCUAG